UUUCUCCCCGGAGUGUCCAGACGGGCUGAGGGACACAGGAUGGCAGCUAACGGGAGAAUCUAACGGGACAUGCGGACCGGCUGAUUCCUGCUCAUAUUCCCACUGCUGUUUGUGCCAGUGUGCGGCCUCACCAUGCCACUGGUCAAGAGGAACAUCGAGCCCCGUCACCUCUGCCGAGGGGAGCUCCCCGAGGGCAUCGGCAGUGAGCUGGAGUGUGUGAUGAACAACACGCUCUCCUCCAUCAUCCGUCAGCUCAGCAGCCUGAGUAAACAUGCGGAGGACAUAUUUGGCGAGCUGUUCAAUGAGGCCAACACCUUCUACCUGCGUGCCAACUCUCUCCAGGACCGCAUCGACCGGCUGGCUGUCAAGGUCACGCAGCUGGACUCUACUGUGGAGGAAGUUUCCCUGCAAGAUAUCAACAUGAGAAAAGCCUUCAAGAGCUCUACCAUUCAGGACCAACAGGUGGUGUCCAAGAGCAGUGUGCCCAUUCCUGUCAAAGAAAUGUACAACCUGAGUGACAAGCCUCCGCCACUCAACAUCCUUUCAUCGUACAGGGAUGACCACAAGGAAGCACUUAAGUUCUACACUGAUCCCUCAUACUUCUUUGACCUGUGGAAGGAAAAGAUGCUGCAGGACACGGAGGACAAGAGGAAAGAGAAAAGGAAGCAGAAGGAGCAGCGUCGUUGUGUGGAUGGGACAUUACAGAGGGAGGUGAAGAAGGUCCGCAAGGCGAGGAACCGUCGACAGGAGUGGAACAUGAUGGCUCUGGACAAGGAGCUGAGGCCAGACCAUCGACACACCAUACACAGAGACAGAGGGGCAUCUUCUGAGGGCUCAAUGUCUCCAGAGAACAGGGGUCAUGGUGCCGAUCAGCACCACUACCCGAACGCCAUGAACCAUGCUGGCCACGCCCACACCUACUCUGGCCCUCCGCCCAGCAUCCUGGCUGCCCAGAUGGCUGCAGGACACGCCCCUCGUGGAGGAGGCGAACAUGACAACAGGGGCAGGAAUAUGAUGGCCUAUCAGGGCGGGACACUGGGCCGUGCUCACCACCACCAGGUCCCGCUGCCUCCUCCACCCAGCGAGGCUAUGAAUGGCGGCUCCAUGUCUCUCCCACCUGUGGACUACAGUAUGGACGGAUAUGCAAACACCGGCCCUCCGCCCCCUCCCCCAGCUCCUCUCAUCCCGUCUGCCCAGACUGCCUUUGCCUCCCCUCCCGGAGGUCCCAUGUCUCCAGGGGCAAUGGCUGCUGGUGGCUACAUUCUGCCUCCACCACCUGUGUCUGGAGUCCAGGUAGCUCCACCUCCUCCUGGUCCUCCUGGUCCUCCACCCCCACCUCUUCCAGCUGGUGCCUCCCACUUCACAGCCCGCAAGAUUACCUCCUCUGUGCCCGCUGAGACCGCAGUGGUCACAGAUGCCCGCAGCGACCUGCUGGCUGCUAUACGUAUGGGCAUCCAGCUGAAGAAGGUGCAGGAGCAGCAGGAGCAGCAGGCGAAGAGGGAGCCGGUCGGAAACGACGUGGCCACCAUUCUGUCGCGACGCAUCGCAGUGGAAUACUCCGACUCCGAGGACGACUCCGAGCUGGAGGAAAACGACUGGUCCGAUUAAUACACGCGAAAAAUAUGGGAUGAUAACCACUGAAGAUACACACACAAUGAGAAGAAGACACACAACCGGUCGAUCUCACACUCACUUGAAGGAAUGCCCACUGUACAACACUCACGGGUUAUCACACACUGUCGCUGAAUACACACACACACACACACUCACACACACACACUCGCACACACACAUGCACACUACUACACACAAUCACAUGCACACUACUACACACAAUCACAUGCUGUAGGUUGAUAUAAGCUGAAAGGUCCAAAACUGGAAAUCUGGGAGUGUAUUCAAGCUGCAUAAACACUGUAAAGAGACUAGUAAUAGACUUUAAUGCUGACCACUCCGAGAACCACUAACAUUCAAUUUGCUGAUUAUAUUUCAAAGCAUUGUGAAUACACCCCAGUGGAUGUUUCUCUGCCUGUCGUAACACUUUAGACACCGCGUGAAGGUGCUAAUCUAAUGUAUAGUCGGAGCUCGAGAGAGUAAUAGGAGAAUUAGAAACUUUCCUCUUGAGCUAACCAAUGUACUUGUCUUUUUUUAAUGUUUUUACUCAAACACUUACGUAUGCCAUAGACCAGGAGGCGGGUUUUUAACAUGUAGAUGGAAAUAACUGGAGGUGAAGGAGUAACAGACGAGCUGACUGGCAGCUGCAGUCAGUGGAAGAUGGAGGAGCGUCUGAAGUGCUGUGGGAAAGAUGUACAACGGAGAAUUAGGGCCACUCACUGAGAAAAAAAGAGAUUUCAAGUACAUCGUAAAUUAAAAAGAAUAAAAUCCUAAAUUAAGAGAAUUAAGUUGGAAUAUGACGAGAAUAAAGUCCUGUUGCCUCCUUCAAAAUGAGGAAUGUGGUGCAUCUUGUUAUAGUAUAGUUAUAGUAUAGUUAUACUAUAGGAUACCAUCACAGAUAGAUAAAUACUUCCUACUUUUUUUAAUCUUUUGGCUCAUCAGCACCACGUUAUCAUGUGUCAGGACUUUGAAAAGUUUGUGUACGAAAAUGUGUCUGUUCUGAAGAAAGAACACAAACUUUGUGAAGCAAGAAAAUGUUUGGUAGUGGUCGACUGUACAUCGUUGGAUAUUUCUGUGAUAUAUUCAAAGAGGGUGUCACAAUUUCUCAAUGAGAUUCAAGAUUGUGGAUCGAGAAGAAAAUUACAACUUCUUUCUCUUUAAUCAUGAUUUUAUCAUUGACAUUUGAGUUUUUCCUUUCUUCAACAUGGCCCCAAUUCUCCGCUGUUAAGAUGAAUGAGAGGGCGAUAUGUAAAAAGUCUUACUGAUCAUAAAUAUGAAAACAGAUUGAGCCGUCUGCGUCUGCAAUCGCUCACUGCUGUGUGGGAGGGAGGGUACGGGUGAGGGCGGGGGAUGUCAUGUAUAUGCUAGUGUGAGCAGUGUAACCUUUGACCCAGAGAAAAAAAUAAAAUGCUGAA